AUGAGGGAAAUCGUGCAUAUCCAGGCUGGUCAGUGCGGCAACCAGAUUGGCGCUAAGUUCUGGGAGAUCAUCUCCGACGAGCAUGGCAUCGACCCCACCGGUGCCUACCAUGGCGAUUCGGACUUGCAGCUGGAACGCAUCAACGUUUAUUACAAUGAGGCGUCUGGCGGCAAAUAUGUGCCCAGGGCCAUCCUAGUUGACCUCGAGCCCGGCACCAUGGACUCUGUCCGCUCGGGACCUUUCGGACAGAUCUUCCGUCCGGAUAACUUCGUGUUCGGUCAGUCUGGUGCCGGCAACAACUGGGCCAAAGGUCACUAUACAGAGGGCGCGGAGCUCGUUGACUCGGUCUUAGAUGUCGUGCGUAAAGAAGCGGAGUCCUGCGACUGUCUUCAAGGUUUCCAGCUCACACACUCCCUUGGCGGAGGCACUGGCUCCGGCAUGGGAACCCUCCUUAUUUCUAAAAUCAGAGAAGAAUACCCCGACAGAAUCAUGAACACAUACUCAGUUGUACCUUCACCCAAAGUGUCAGACACAGUAGUAGAACCAUACAACGCCACACUCUCGGUCCACCAGCUCGUAGAAAACACAGACGAAACCUACUGUAUCGACAACGAGGCUCUCUAUGACAUCUGCUUCCGCACGCUCAAGUUAUCCACACCCACGUACGGCGACCUCAACCAUCUAGUGUCGCUCACGAUGUCCGGCGUCACCACCUGCCUUAGGUUCCCAGGUCAACUAAAUGCGGAUCUCCGCAAACUGGCCGUGAACAUGGUACCUUUCCCGCGUCUCCACUUCUUCAUGCCCGGAUUCGCGCCGUUGACGUCCCGCGGCAGCCAGCAGUACCGCGCCCUCACAGUCCCCGAGCUGACCCAACAGAUGUUCGACGCCAAGAACAUGAUGGCAGCGUGCGAUCCUCGCCACGGCCGCUACCUUACCGUCGCCGCCAUCUUCCGUGGCCGCAUGUCGAUGAAGGAAGUCGACGAGCAGAUGCUCAACAUCCAAAACAAGAACUCGUCGUACUUCGUCGAAUGGAUCCCCAACAACGUAAAGACCGCCGUGUGCGACAUCCCACCCAGAGGUCUCAAGAUGGCCGCCACCUUCAUCGGCAACUCAACCGCGAUCCAAGAGCUUUUCAAGCGCAUCUCGGAACAGUUUACCGCUAUGUUCAGGCGCAAGGCUUUCUUGCAUUGGUACACUGGCGAGGGUAUGGACGAGAUGGAGUUCACUGAGGCGGAGAGCAACAUGAACGACUUAGUCUCCGAAUACCAGCAAUACCAGGAGGCCACCGCCGAUGAGGACGCAGAGUUUGACGAAGAACAAGAGCAAGAGAUUGAAGACAACUAA